CCACAAAGAAUCUCUUAAAAGGCAGCCGAACGAGCAGCGACGUCACUCUCCGUGUUCCUGGUCCAGCUUCUUGAGCAGACUCACAACAACCCUGUGAAGUAAGUCAAGCUGAGCGAAACUGGACCCAGGUCACCCUACUAAGACUUAAAUCUACCAACGCUUGAGAUCUAAUGGUUCCGCCAUGAAAACCUCACUUAAAUCACAGAUAUUGAGAUCCUUCUGGAUAUUUAGAAGUCUCCAUCGGUCAUUUCACAGACAACACAAGUUUCUUGGCUCUCCCGUUUUUGCGCAAUAUGAAGCCGUAACCCAUGGAGAACAGCCGCUACCCGAGUACUUUAACUUUGCCAGCGAGGUACUGGAUAGAUGGGCACAAACGGAGAAGGAUGGAAAGACCCCUUCCAACCCAGCACUAUGGUGGAUAAAUGGUAGAGGAGGUGAGGUGAAAUGGAGCUUUGAAGAGCUUGGAGUCCUUUCCAGGAAAGUGGCCAAUAUCCUCUCAGAUCAAUGUCGCCUGAACAGAGGAGACAGGAUUCUGGUUAUUCUUCCUCGAAUCCCUGAAUGGUGGUUGAUAACUGUGGCUUGCAUAAGGGCAGGAAUCACAGUUAUCCCUGGAACAACUCAACUGACAGCGAAAGACAUCCGGUACAGACUCCAGGUUUCCGGGGCCAAAUGCAUUGUCACUACAGAUGCUAUGGCACCUGUGGUCGAGUCCAUCGCAGCUGAGAGCUAUGGAUUGCAAGCCAAACUCAUGGUAUCUUCGGGAGGUGGAAGAGACGGAUGGCUGAGCUUCAACGAACUGCUCAAAGAGGCCCCCGCUGACCACACUUGUGUGAAAACCAAGAUCGAAGAUCCCAUGAUGGUUUACUUCACCAGUGGGACGACAGGAGCUCCUAAGAUGGCGGAGCUUUCGCAAGGGAGCCUCGGCUUCAGACCGAUCGCCAACAAAAGAUACUGGCUGGAUACAACCCCCUUAGACAUCAUGUGGUGUACUGCAGACACUGGCUGGAUAUUAACUAGUCUGGGAGCUGUUUUUAAUCCAUGGGUCUGUGGAUCAUGUGUCUUUGUACAUAACAUGCCACAAGUAGAACCGUCAAUCAUCCUAAAUACUCUCUCCCGAUUUCCCAUCACCACCAUCCUGGGUGCUCCGACCUUGUUCCGCAUGUUGGUGCAAAAUGAUUUGAGCAGUUAUAAGUUCAUGAGCCUCCGCCAUUGCAUAAGUGCAGGAGAGCCUCUAAACCCUGAAGUGAUGGAGCAAUGGAAGAAGAAAACAGGACUAGACAUCCACGAAGCCUAUGGACAGACCGAAACGGGCAUGGCCUGUGCAGUCCUCAAAGGGAUGAAGAUUAAGCCAGGCUCCAUGGGAAAGGCUUGCGCGCCGUAUGAUGUUCAGAUUGUAGAUGAAGAAGCCAACAUUCUGCCUCGUGGGAAAGAAGGAGAAAUCGCCAUCAGAGUGAAGCCGAAUAGGCCACUUGGUCUCUUUUCUCGCUAUGUGGAUAAUCCAGAAAAAACAGUCGAAACAAUACGAGGGGAUUUUCAUGUUACUGGAGACAGAGGACUAAUGGAUGAAGACGGAUACAUCUGGUUUGUUGGAAGAGCUGAUGAUAUCAUCAAUUCUGCAGGGUAUCGAAUUGGACCAUUUGAGGUAGAAAGUGCGCUUCUAGAGCAUCCAGCAGUGGCAGAAGCAGCUGCGGUUAGCAGCCCAGACCCACUUAGGGGAGAGGUGGUGAAAGCAUUUGUGGUUCUGUCUCCUGCGUACACAUUACAGCAUAAGGAAAAAUUAACACUUGAAUUGCAAGAACAUGUGAAGAAAGUGACGGCCCCCUACAAAUAUCCACGGAAGAUGGAGUUUGUCCAGCAGCUGCCAAAGACAAUCACAGGAAAAAUCAGACGGGUCGAACUGCGGAAGAAAGAGUGGGAGCAAGUGUAACAUGUUGGG